CCCAGAGCCCAAGGUGCAGGCCAGCUGGGCCUGCAGCAAACACUCCACGGUCCCCGGGCAGGCUGCAUGCAGGUGAGGCCAGUCUGCAGGUGCUCCCCCAGUGGGGCCCUGGUUGCCGGGCGCUAAAGCAAACGGGCUCUAUUUGCCCAGUCUGGGAUGACAAUGCCGUCACCAAAUAUUUGCCAGCCCCAGGCGGCUGCAGAGCCUGGCUAUAAAUGCUUGAGCCCAGGUGGAGGUGGGCCUGCCCAGUGAGAGCUGCAGGCCUUGGCCAGGUAGGAGCCUGGGCUCAGGGGCGGGUGGGGGCUCAGGGCCUGUGAGCCCUUCUUCUAGCUGCCCUGCAGGGACCAACCACAGGGAGUGCUAGGCUGGCCCAGGGCUGGGUUGGGCGUGGGGUCAGGUGGCUGGGGACAGGGUGCCUAUCUGGGCUGCCCAGUGCCAGGACCACCAGAUGACUCCAUGGGUGGGGUGUCCUCAGCAGCGUGAGCGAAAUGAGGACAAUGGCAUGGCCUGCAGGUAGGAGGAAGGCCCCAGCAGCUCACCUCCUGCAUGUGAGGGAGGGGCAGGCGCCCAGGUCAGCUGACCUCCCCUUGAUCUCCUUCACUUUCUUCCCCCUCCUGUUGAGGCCCCUGCCCAGAAAGGCUCAGAAUGUCUCUACAUUCUAGAGUGGCUGGGGGCACUUGUCCAUAGGGUGGGGCUUGGGGUUCAGAACCAGCCCUCCCCUGGCAAGUGUUCAGGAGGAGAGCUGCUCCUGUCCCCAUCGGUCACUUCCCUAGACUCACACCCUUACCUCUCUUGGGUGUCCUGAACAGGUACGGUGGCCUCUGUGGCCUCCAGGGAGACUCUGCUUUGGCUGCCCUGCCAUCAGUGAGAGAUGCCUAGCUGGGGCUGCUGGGAGCAGGUCAACCUUGUUCUGUGACUGCAGGCUGUACUCAAUGGGACAGUACAGCUUGCCCUCCGUCAGACCCACCCAUUGAUCAAGAGCCAUAAAGCCCCAUGGUUCUGUCUUAGAAGCUCCUCACCUGAUCCUGGGCAGCUACUACCCCCAUCCUCACUCUCUGGGGAGCCCUAGCACCUGGGACUUCUAGUGGCACCAUCCCACUUCCCUCCCUGCAGCCCCUGACUGCCUCACAUAGAACAUCACUGACUGACUGCUCUGGGAGAGUGACCAGCCCCAACCUGGAAUAGCUCCCCUGGGCCAUACUCCAGCAAGGUCUCACCCCAUGGCAGCCACCCCCCUGGUGCCAUGGCCACAUGCCCUCAGUGCCUGUCAUGUCCCUCUCUGCAUCUCACCCCUGCAGAACUUGUGCCCUCACCAAGCAUGGCCUGCAGUGGCCAAUCCUCCGUGGGGUUGGGGCUUCUGGUUUGGGGUCAGAGUGCAGUGGCUGCCAAGUGGCCAGGGAACAGCCAGGGCUGACUGAAACUUGCCCAUCUCUGCCUCCCUCCCCAGACAGUGCCUGGCACCUCACAGGAGACAGUGAGGAGAUGGCCACAGGCGUGAUUCGGCCCCUGUGUGACUUCUGGCUACCCCCUCAUUCUUUCCUGCUCUCAAACCUGGAGCCACCAGAAAUGGAAGAAGAGGAGGAGGAGGAGCUGGAGCUGGAAGGUGAGGGGCCAUGGGACUGCAGCCCAGCCCCCCAGUGCUCAGGCAGGGCUGAGGCCACCCUGGAAGUGGCCCCUCUCGGUCCCAGCCGCCCCGAGACACCACUAAAGCUACUGCAAUUCUCUGAGCUCAUCAGCAGUGAUAUCCAGCGGUACUUUGGCCGCAAGGACAAGGAGCAGGACCCAGACGCCUGCGACAUUUAUGCUGAUGGCCAUCCAACCCGCAGCCCUUCCAGGGGAGAGAUCUACUACGCUGACCUGGUGAACCUGGUCCAGGCUGGGCCCUUAGGGGACAAAGAGGCCCUUGAGCCCAGGGUCAGCUCACUGGGAGGCCCCGAGGGUCAGGCGCUCACACUGGGCAUCGGCAGGGAUGGGGCACAGCCGCUGGGACCUCUGGCUGAGCUCUUCGACUACGGUCUCCGAAGCUAUGUGGAGCCUAGGGCACCAGCCAGCUGCAGAGAGAGGCUGGAGCGCAAGUACGGCCACAUCACACCCAUGGCCCAGAGGAAGCUGCCCCCAUCCUUCUGGAGGGAGCCUGCCCCCAGCUCCUUGGGCCUGCUCCACCCCGGUACACCAGACUUCAGCGAUCUGCUGGCCAGCUGGUCAGCUGAGGCCUGUCCUGAGCUGCCCAGUGGGGUGGCUCCAGCCCUAGAUGGGGCCCAGCUGGCUGAGGCCUAGCAA